AUGCAGAUCGAAUCCAACACGAAGUAUUGCAGAGUCGAGGGAGCAGCAUCCGAGGAGGACCGGCUGAGUGACCUCCCCGACGACGUCCUCCACUCGAUCGUCGGCAGGGUCCCCCUCAAACAAGCCGUACGCACCAGCGCCCUCUCCACGAGGUGGGCGUGCCUGUGGCUCCACGCGCUCGCCGCCUCCGCCGUCCUCGACUUCACCGACAGCGAAUUCGUCCGCGGCCAGUUCCUGGGGCGGAUCGUGGCCACGGUGAACCGCUGCCUGGAGGUCCACGGCGCGGCUCCCAUCGACGUGUUCCGCGUGGCGCUGUCCCCGUUCGAUGCGUAUGGGCGGGACGUCGUCCGGUGGGCCGCGACCGCCUUGGUUAGAGGCGCCAGGGAAGUGGGGGUGGACCUGACGCAGCAUGCCGACGUCCGCGGGGCUCUGGAGCUUCCCGUGGACCUCUUCCAGGCCGAGAGCUCCCUUGCGGUGCUCAGCCUUGGCCGGUGCAGCCUCCGCGACGUCCCGCCCGGCACGCCGGGGCUCGCCGGUCUCACAUCGCUCUCCCUCAACCAAGUCGACGUCACCGACGAUGCUGUCCGGGACGUGGUCUCCAGGUGCCGGCUGCUCGAGUUUCUGAGCCUGGAGAGCUGCCACCUUCUCGUGUCGGUGAGGGUCGCCGGCGACAGGCUGCGGGGCCUGGAGAUCGUGCGCUGCCUGGCCAUGCGCCACCUGCAGGUGGCCGCGCCCGUGCUGGAGUCUGUUGCCUACCACGGCGACGUCCUCCUCAUCUGGAGAGAGGACGAGCCGUCAGGCGUGGAGUUCGUUGGCCCAGGCGGCAGGACCGAUGCCAGGCCGGAGCUAAAGGACGCGUACCUGACCCACAUCGGCUACGGCGAAUACGACGAAGUAAUUCACGAGUUCGCCUACUCAGGCUUCUUGGAUCAGGUCGCGCAUGCCAAGAUUUUGACACUUUGUUCCGUGGGCAUGCGGGUACGAUAUUCAAACAUGUUCUUGCCUAGGAAACCAAUCAGGCGAUUAACGGUGUCUUUCAUACGAUCAGCACCGGGAAGAAGAGCGACUGUUCGCUGA